AUGGCCAUUCAGAUUAUUCCCGCGGGUGCCACCAGCAAAACGGUGCUGAAGCCCGGCCAAGCUGUCAUCGCGGUCCAGGCCACGGCCGCAGGUUCCGGAAUCCGCGAACUGUCCUCGGCCUACCCCGUCAAAGUCAUAUCACCCCGGUCCUCGCACGACCGACGGGCCGUGCUCGCCUUUCUCCUCAGCUACGGUGGCGGCGUCGUGCCCGGCGACAAGGUCGCGCUGCGCGUGCACGUCGACCGCGGAUGCCGCUUGGGUCUGCUCACGCAAGGCAGCACGAAGCUGUACAAGAGCCUCGACCCGAACCUCGUCUCUGCGCAGACCCUGACCGCGACGGUCGAGGACGGCGCGGCGCUGCUCAUGCUUCCGGACCCGCUGCAGCCGUUUCGCGACAGCGUGUAUGAGCAGCGCCAGGUCUUUCGUGUGCACCGCAGCGCCAACCUGCUGCUGCUGGACUGGAUCUCCGAAGGACGGCGGGCAAUGGGCGAGACGUGGGACCUGACGUCGCUCAAGUCGAUGAAUGAAGUGUGGCGAUUCGACGACGUCGUGGCUCCUGGGAAAGCAAAGCCCAGACUGAUGAUUCGCGACAAUGUCCUCCUUUACGGCUCGCGGCGCCCGGCGCUCGUCGACGACUGUGUGCGGCAGCACGUCGGCGGGAUGGGCAUAUUCGGGACGCUCAUUGUCGGCGGGCCCAUCUUUGAGAACCUGUGCCAUUUCUUCCUCGGGGAGUUCGCCGCGCUGCCGCGGGUUGGCGAAAUCAACUGGGCGACAGACAAUGAUGUCAAGAAAGCAGCCGACGACGGCGACGACAUUGUCUGGAGCGCGGCCGCUACGCGAGGCUACACGGUCGUCAAGUUUGGCGCGCAAGACGUCGAUCGCGCGCGGCGCUGGCUCCGCGACAUGUUGGAGAGGGAGGGGACAGUGGCUCGGGAGUUUGGAUCUCGAUUCCUACUGUGUCUGCAAGAUAGAUAG